AUGUCUUCGCGUCGUCAUCCUGGCAUGUCAUCAAGCUCCUCUGAUCCCCCUGACUCAGAUGCAAUAUCCUCUCCAGAGCCUGUGAAACUUGGAAAACGCAAGAAUAAGCGGUCAGAGUCACCAGAACCAUCAAGGCCUGGCAAACGCAAGCAUAAGCAUUCCUCUGGUAACACCAGCACCAACGACCUCAUCAAUUCCAUAUCAUCAGGCUCUCGCAAGAAGACUACAAGGAAACAUGAAGAUUCGAAAAUGGAUGAUGCAGAACUGUACCAAAACGCGGGAAGGAAGGCUUUGAGCCUUCUUGAUACAUUUAGAGUACCCGCUGCAGCUUUCAAGACUGGUCUUACAUUCAACCGAGGUGGUAAGCGCGACCCAAAACAACCUCAAGAUGUUGCCGAGCAUCAUCUACUAUUAUACAAUGCUAUAAUAGACUUCAUUCCUGGUUUCGACAGCGAGCUCGACAACAUCACCAGCAAAGAAUUGAAUGUGGUCAUAGCGAUGGUAGCGAAGGGUAUGAGCGAGGGCAGAUCUGCGGAUCUAAACUCUGUGAAGCACAAGGGGCUCCAAUAUAUUCCCCUUAACAUGUAUAGCAAGGAGCAUGCACAUGCACUCGAUUCUCCGAUUCCAGAAGUCAAGGAUAAGUCGAUGCGUGGGUUGAACCACCCCCAGUUGGCUCGUUUGCUUUGCCCCCGCAAAAAACUUGAGUGCGCUAUGACUGCCAUGCAAGCUGGAGAGAUAACCAUGACAGCACACAACUGGCCGAUGUUCUUCUAUGAUGACAGCAUUUACGACGCUGCCGACAAGACAAAAGGUCUCUUUCGAAACCAUACUGCCAUACGAUUUUACAAGCAUCUGUUCAUUGGGCCUUCAUCUGUCACCAACGACUCAUCAAAUGUUCACAACUCUGCCAAACCAUCUAAAAACCGUGCGUGGGGUUUGACGGCAGUCAACAAAUACAUUAUUGCAUAUGUGCAUAUCAUUGCAUACUUUACGAUAAGCAGUACUCAGCACUGGAUGCGGUAUAUUGGCGAUAUGGACCUGGAGGAGCUCCUCUGGGCUAUCAUCAAAAUGCUACAUGACGACAGCAAUCCGUGGGUCAAAGAUACCCUCAUGUGGUGGAACAGUCACCUCAAACCGACCAAGGACAACUUGCACUCUACCAAGCUCACACGCAAGGAAAGUGAGGAUUAUCUCGCUCAAAUUCGUGCUCAGCGAGCUGCACACCGUUCUGCAUUAGAUAAAUCCAAUGCGCCAUCACAUGUGAACACAACAAUGAUGGGGAUAUGCUACAUGCACCCAAACAACUUUGGAGAUCAGGCUGAUGACCUUCCCUCACCUCACCACACCACGCCAAGUCCAAUGCUCAGCGUCAUGCCUCAGUUUAUGAUGACGACGAAGAGGUUGCAGGACUGCAACAACCAACCCACCCUCGACUGCAUGGGCAACAGCACCCACUACCUCCCAAGUCCCAACUACUGGCACCAUGUUGUUAUUUCAGAUGAUGAUGAAAAUGACGAUGGCGACGAGGUGGAAGUGGUAGCGCAACCCAAACAGCCUCGAUCCGACCCCCACGUGCCAUUGCCCCUUAGAUUCAAUAAACCUCAAUACUCUACUUCUGAUCAUGGCAAGGCUCCAACUUCAAUGCGACCUGUCCAUGGAGCUACAGGUUCCGAUGGAGAGGAACACCAACCUCAGCUAAGCGAGCCUCAGCAUCCUGCAAGUGCCUCCGUCCACUAUGAUGACGAGGAUCAGCCUCCACGUCCUAAGCUGAAACCCAAGCCGAAACCUCAACGCCCUGCUGCUCGCGACGAGCAUGAGGAUUCACUAAGUGCGCAUGUGACCGAGCAGUCGUUGAAUGUGAUUCGGUCUCAGCCAGUGUCUCCCCCUCGAUGCCCCUCACCCCCACUGUCAGAUCUGACUGACAAUGACAACAACUUCUCCCUGCCGACUCCAACAGCUCCUGUUCCCACAAAGAAGAGAGGGAGGAAGAAAAUCACCGAUCCCAAUGCUCCUCGAAGAACCUCUGUAUGA